CUUUGUGCUUCCUCUUUGUAAUUUUUUUUGUAAAUAUAUUGUAGUCGUGUCGAUAGCCGGUACGCUAUAAUGCGAGUGUCGACCAACAUUGUUUUUCUUAGCAUUUUUGUGAUUCUAUCGACUUGCAUGAGCAGCAUCCAAUGCGAGAAAGGAAAACUGAGUGAGGAAGAACUCAAGUCUCAAAAAUUUCCACCCUGCGCAGCGUGCAAAGUACUUAUCAAUAGUUUCAAAAAGGGUUUAGAAAAGACAAGCCGUGGAAAGUUUGAAGGCGGAGACAGCGCUUGGGAAGAGGAUAAGUUAGGCUCAUAUUCAAGAAGUGAAAUACGAUUGAUCGAGAUACAAGAGAACUUAUGUAAAGAUAUUGAGCAUGGUCAGGUGCAGUGUCAAUCUUUAGCUGAAGAAUUGGAAAGUCAGAUAGAGGAAUGGUGGUUUAAGCAUCAAGAUACCCAUCCAGAUAUAUAUGAUUAUAUCUGUAUUGAAAAGACAAAGCAUUGUUGUCCAAAAGAUCAUUAUGGUCCAAAUUGUACACAGUGUCCAGGAUAUCCAGAUAACAUCUGCAAUAAUAAUGGCAAAUGUAAAGGAGCUGGCACGAGAAAGGGAAACGGUAGCUGCUUCUGUGAAAAAGAAUAUAUUGGAGAUAUCUGUUCAGAAUGUGCUCCAGGAUAUUAUGAAUCUUACAAAGACGAAAAAACUUUACUAUGUUCUGCAUGCCAUGCAGCGUGUGAUGGACUUUGCAGAGGUGCUGGUCCAAAGGAUUGCGAGAAAUGUACUGCUGGAUGGCACAUGAUUGAAGACAAAGGAUGUUUUGACAUCAAUGAAUGUUUAAAAGACGAUAUUUGUCCUAGCAAUCAAUUUUGUGUUAAUAAAGAAGGAAAUUAUGCUUGUUUGGCUUGUGACAAAGCUUGUAAUGGUUGCACCGGUGAUGGGCCAGACAUGUGCAUCAGAUGCACUGAAGGUUAUCAUAAACAGGAUAAUUUAUGUAUAAAUUCAGAUCUUCUUGGCCGCAAGAAACAAGAAAAUCUGGCGAGAUAUCUUACAUAUUUCGGACUUUGUGUGGCAACAUGCAUCAUUUUGCAGCGUAACGUUUAUGUUGCAAGCGUUAUUGGUUUAUUGGUUGCAAUGUAUAUAUCUGUCUCAGAAUAUAUGAUUGCACAUAGCAAUGUCCAAGAUACGACGACAAAUAUGGAUAUUCUAGGAUCAACUUAA